AUGGAGCUCACUCUUGUGGGCGUCUUCCCUCCGACUGAGGGAUCUAAGCGGUCGGCUCCAGAAACAGAGCCAAUUGCAAGUAAACGAAGCAAGAAGCCAAAGCAGUCACCCGAGACUGCACAGGCAAUGACUGGAAAUGAACCGACCCAGGCCACCAAUAAAUUCAAACCCCGCCGAGGAGAACCACCUGUGUGGGCCAACACUCGCCAACAGAUCAACGACGCGCUUGAGUGGUUCCACUGUAUGCAAGGUGGAGCUGCUCACAAAGAUACAAAGUGCACUGGUUUCCUCGUGGAUGGUGACAAUGGUGACCGCUCGUUCAUGAGCGACGAAGUCAUCAUUACUCGCAUUGGUGGAGAUUGCCUCAAAGAUAAUCUUAACGGGAAUCUCAAUCUCAAACAUGAUCAAUCACCAAACAGUGUGAUUGCCAAAUCGGUCAUGGCCAGUCAUCGAGAGCAGAAGCCGGUGGGACUUGUCAUUGGUUCAAAGAAUCAACUUCUGAAGGUCGAAAUCCCGCACCGCUACUGUGUGAUGGACUGGUUUCUCAUCACCAAUGUAUGGAUGGAAAAGAUGGGCAAGUAUGCGGGAUUCCGAAUCCGGUUCGAGAAGCUGGACCUAUCGACCAAGGGCUGGUGGACAGAGCAGGGAUCCGACGAACCUCUACCUUCUCGCAAAGUCAACCGUCCUCCUCCAGAGCGGGUAUGCCGGGAUUGCGGUGAAUCCAGCCUACAGGUUUACCGCAAACCUGGCUGGAUGUGUCUUACCCGAUCAUGCCCCAGGUUCUGGAAAUUUGGAAAUAACGAGCCGACGGAUCUCGAAUACCAUCCCCAUUUCCUCAACUACCGCCAUCCUAGAGGUCCAGACAUUCUAAACCCUGGCCCUUUGGCCGACCUGGUGGACCGAAACAUCGAGCCAUCAGAGGGACUUGCCGAUCGCGAGGAAUGGAGAGGCAUUGUGUGUCCACAUUGCCGAAAGUGCAUCCAGCGCGUCACCUGGGAUGCCUGGGAUUGCUCAAACGAUGUCAAACAGGGACCUCAAGAGACCUGUUGCUACAAGGUCGUGAGGAAAAUGCGUGAGAUUUCUCUGCAAACAGUUCUAGAAAGGCCCAAGCCCUAUUCUCGAGCACAGUGUAGCAUCGAACCGGUCAUCGACAAGGACUCACUCAAGCCAUACGAAGUCCGCACGUAUGAAAUGCCUGGUGUUGGCUCAAUCACGCACUUUGUUUCAAACGCGGCCAUCAAUGAGCGUCCAAAUGGCCCAAAUCAUCUAUUCAGCCAACUUCAAAAGUUGGACCUUGGCCUUCGACGCUACCCACUUGGAUCGGCUCAAGUGCCUGGUACACUCACAUGUCACUUUGCGGUGAACUACGGUGUUCCCUACAAGUACGUGGUCUCCGUCGACUCUAAGGCUUUCAGCGACGCUCCUGCAGAAAUUCUCACAGCUUUGACCCGCCUGUCCUGGGCGACCGAGAAGGCUGUCACUCGUGUGGGUGGUCAGUACCAGCCGCCAAAUGAGCUGCUUGCGCUUGGGUAUUUCGAGCAAAUGAAGAUUGGAUUCCAUGAUGAUGGUGAAAGUGGUUUGGGCCCGACAAUUGCGACACUCUCCCUGGGAACCCGGUCCAGGAUGUUCCUUCGAAUGAAAGCGAAAUACUACUUGGGAAUCAGCAAGAAUGGUAUUCCUACCACGGACGAUCCCGUUCUGCCAGGUUGUCUAGAAGAAGAAGAGCGGCGACCUCUCCUGGAAGCAUUCAAAGCAGGUCAAAUCACUAAGAAGCAGUACAUUGAGAAACUCAAAGCCCUGCUCGUCAAGAAGAAGGGGAAUGCUCCGAGUUUCCUGACGCUUGUGCUGCAGCAUGGUGACCUGAUCGUGAUGCACGGGGCAGGUCUGCAGAAGUACUACGAGCAUUCGGUACACCCCGACAACGGGCUACGCUUUGCACUGACUUCGCGGUACAUCGAAAGCCGGGAUGAAGAGGACCUUCGGAAGGGCGCCUUCACGCUCCAGGACAAUCAGAUUUACGAUGGACAGUGA